AUGAACAUGUCAAUAAUGAGAGCAAAUAGUAGGUAUUACAUCUUUUCCAUAUCUUUCGUAGUUUUAAUUGUCACUUUCCUAUUUUCUACUGUUUUAAAAAAUUACUUUAAUGAUUGGAAUUUGAAAGAUACCAUUAUCAAGUUUACUAGAUACUCAAAUUUAGAGCCGAACUUCCAUUAUGUAGCAGAGGCAGCAUUUCAACCAAAGGAUCGCUCUAGUAUAAUAUAUCAAAAACUGGCCAACUCUGUAGAUUCACCAACAGGUGAAGAUAGCUAUUUUAUUGCUUCGAACUCUUAUAAUGACAUAUAUAUCGGUGUAGCAGAUGGUGUUGGCGGCUGGGCUGAAAGAGGGUAUGAUUCCAGUGCUAUCUCAAGGGAGUUAUGUAGCUCCAUGAAAGCGCUUUGUAGAGCUCAAACUGAAUUAACUCCUAAGCAAUUACUUUCUAAAGGAUAUAAUAAAAUAAAAUCAGAUGGUAUUGUAAAAGUAGGAAGUACUACUGCAAAUGUCGCUCAUUUAACUAGAAAUGGUAUUUUAAAUGUUGCAAAUCUAGGUGAUUCAUGGUGUGGUGUAAUUAGGGAUAGCAAAAUAGUAUUUCAAACGAAAUUUCAGACUGUUGCAUUCAACGCACCUUACCAAUUAUCGGUUAUCCCAGAUUUCAUAUUAGAAGAAGCUAAAAAGCUAGGUUCAUCAUAUAUCAUGAAUAUACCACUUGAUGCUGAUGAAUAUUCAUUCCAGCUACAAAAAGAAGAUAUUGUGCUUCUAGCAACAGAUGGGCUAGUAGAUAACAUUGAACCCAAUGAUAUAGCAUUAUUCAUUUCAAAUCGUUUUGCUUCAAAAGAUAAUAGUAAAUCAAUUGUACAAUCUCUAUUAAAUUAUGCAGAAAAAUUAAGUAAAGAUCCUAAUUAUGAAAGUGUGUUUGCAAAAGAGUUUACAAAAAUGUCUGGCCAAUAUUAUGUUGGUGGAAAGGAAGAUGAUAUUACUAUGAUCUAUGUCCAAGUUAAUUAG